AUGUCAUUGUACUCUGCAUUCUAGCCAUCCCUCGCUCGUUUAAACUUCUACUUUCUCCUGGAGCACAACACAACACCUUCCAGUACUCAUUGAUGUCAGAAUGAGCGUCACGAGAUGGCGUAGGUGUAGAGCAAGAAACGUAGAGUGUUCAAGGAAUUUUUGGCACACUAGCUUGAGAGCCUUAUUGACAUGCUUUGCAGUUGGGACCACGGGUCGUUUAUCCAAUCGGAAGGGGAAGAGAAGUAUGAAUGAAUAUAGAUGCCCGUGUCGAUGUCCAUUGUAAUGCGAUUGACGGGUUUCGUUCUUCCUCUCCCCACCGUUCAACCAAAUGACAUGUUAUAUCUUUCCCUGUCUGCAUGCAUACGCUGAACCAUCCUCCUAGCUGCCUCUGAAUCAGCACCAG